UAUUUUAUCUUUAAUUGCAAUUUUUUUAAGUACAUUCGCAUAUUUUUCAUUUAUGAAUGAUUAUUAUUGUUAAAAAUGGUUACAAUUCGGUCUAUUGAAAAUUUGAAUUUAUAAAACGCAGAAGAAGACGAAACUUAAAUCAUAACCUAAAAAUGUCAUGCACAAUAAAUCCAAAUUUUGAAUUAUUAAAUAAACUACAGGAAGAAAAGGAAUGGGAUCUUUUAUCACAGGAUAUUCACAACACUUUCAAAUUGCAGUUCGAUAGAGAAAAUGUACCCAAAAUGUUUACAUUUAACGCUAAAAAUCUGGAUUAUCUUGAAAGUUUGCUAAUCAUUCAAGCAGACUCCCAAAUAUUCAACGAGAACCUACUUAUUGAGACACUAAAAGCAAUAAGAAAUUCACUGACAAAUUCAGAAUCACAGAAAUAUUUGAGCAAUGAAAAAUUUUUGUCUGUAGUACGAGCCUUGUUUAACAAAAUUGAACAAAAGGAUCCAGAUAAUUUGUGUUUUAAAAUUCUCCUCCAGUUGCUGAUCAAUUUGGUUGUACAAAAUCCUGAUGGGUGCAAACAUGUUUUUCAAGAGUUCAGUGACUUGUCAGACUUAUUACUGAAAGAUAUUUGUAUUUAUGAAGUUUCAGCUUUGUUAUAUAACAUUUCAAUAUAUGUUGAAUUGAAUUGUUUCAAUACUCCAGUAAUUAAUAAUAUUUUUAAUUUAUAUGGGAAGGAAAAUAAAAAUGAAUAUCUGUUAUUUUUGAUUGAGAAAUUAUUAAGUUAUGAUUAUUUUUGGGAUUUUUAUGAAAACUUAGAAGUAAGUAACCGAAUCUUAUGUUUACAUAUCAUUAGAGAACAGCAGAUUAGUAAAAACAAAAUUAUAUGUAUUAAAAAGGGUCUAGAUGUAAUAACAAAACUCUUCAUAAAUUCAUCUGAAAUAAUUUUUAAUACAACAUCACAAACUAAUGAUGAAAGAGCCUUUGAAAUUUCGUUGAUGUUACAAAUACUGUCACAUAUAACAGGUGAAUCUACAGAUUUAUUAAUACACCUUCAAAAUAAUUCAGAUCUUCUAAUACAAGCAGCUGUUGUUCUUAUUAACAUUCAUCGGUUGGGAAAGACUUUUAAUAAUUGUUUUACGCAAAUUCAAAAGCAAUCAGAUGUUAAUAGUGAAGACAGUUCCCAUCCAGCCUUUGGCUUUAAGGGAGACUUAGUACGACUUAUUGGGAAUAUGAAUUGGAAAUGUAAAAAAAUGCAAGACUUGACAAGGGAAGCUGAAAUUAUACCAGUGAUUUUGGAAUGUUGCAACAUAGAUGCAAGAAAUCCUUUUAUAAUGCAGUGGUCGAUUUUUGCCAUAAGGAAUAUUUGUGAAAAUAAUGUAGAGAAUCAGAAAAUAAUUGGAGGAUUGUCUAAAAUAGGCACUGUAAGUAAUGACGUGUUGAAGAAAUCUGGAAUUACUUUACAUGCUGAUGGAAGUAAUCAAGUAAAUAUUGUGAAUCUAGAGGAUAUUAAAUAGUUAAAUUAU